CAAUAAUGAAAACUUCAAAACGUCAAUGGAAACCGAUAUUCCUUCAAGCGAACUCAACUGAAAUAGAAUGUAGAUUAGACUGGUGUAUUGUAUUUACUUACUCAGCAAUAUUUCCAGCUAAUGCUAUUGAAGUUCAUUCUUAUACAUUCUUAUAUUCUGUAUGAGCAGUAAUCCCAUUUCUGCUGUAUUCUGCAAGUAUCAAAGUGAAGCCAGCUAGGGGCAAAGCCUGGAGAUUUCCGGUUGGAUGAAAGUGUGGGUGCGCCAAGAUAAACACACAUUCUUGCUUAACAAAGACGAACGGGGAAAAAAACCGGGAAUGACGGCGAACAUAACGAAGAGUCCGCGCCCGCUGAAAAUAACCAUCGUGGGCGAUGGCAUGGUGGGCAAAACCUGCAUGCUGAUAACCUACACACGGAACGAGUUCCCCGAGGAGUACAUACCCACAGUGUUCGACAAUCACGCCUGCAACAUAGCCGUAGAUGAUCGGGACUACAAUCUGACCCUCUGGGACACUGCCGGCCAGGAGGAUUACGAAAGGCUGCGCCCCCUGAGCUAUCCCAGUACCAACUGCUUCCUGUUGUGCUAUUCGAUCAGCAGUAGGACCUCAUUCGAAAACGUGAAAAGCAAGUGGUGGCCGGAGAUCCGUCACUUCUCCGCCCACGUUCCCGUGGUUCUCGUGGGCACCAAACUGGACUUGCGCAUUCCCAACUCGGAGAAGUUCGUGACCACACAGGAGGGAAAAAAGAUGCGCAAAGAGAUACACGCAUUCAACUUGGUCGAGUGCUCCGCCAAGAAGAAGCAGAACCUGCAGCAGGUCUUCGAGGAGGCGGUUAGAGCCGUGGAGAGGAAACCAAAGACGACGUCCAAGCAAUCGUGCAAAAUACUGUGAACUAUGUGUAUGCCUAAUUUUAAAUAUUGUUAUUAUGCGUAAUGUAUUAUGCUACUAAUUCGCCUGACUAUUUGUGCUUCGUUUUCGCAAAAGGGAAAAAAACUGUGUAGAAAAUUUAAAGUUAAGUUUGUAUAAUUAAGUGCCACUUGUGUGAAUCCUUAUGUUAUAUAUGCAGCCAGAAGGCAUUAAUUGUAAAAAGAUAAAUAAAAACAGCACAAAAUGAAAAUGAUAUACACUUAUACAUAUUAAAAUAUAAUUUAAAUCUGAUAUGUCCAGCAAUUAGCCCCAUGUAUAUUUCAAUAAAACCCUAGUCAUU